AUGUCUCUCUUUGAGACCCGGCCAUCACGGCCCCUCCCAUACUCCUCCGAGUUCUCUUCCACAGAAGAGUACGUCGAAAGCCUCCUCCUCUUUGCGACGACCUCGGACCUAUUCAGGUUUCUGUGCGGCGGCGUCCACAUCCUCGAUUUCUUCACCACUGAGCCCGGCUUGUUUGCGGCCGCCGUGCCCAAAGAAUGGCAGGACUACCUAGUGGCCACCAGGCCAAUGGACCUCCUGGAUUUCCUGAUGCGGAACGACCUCUCCUCAAACUCCCCAUCUGCGGGGCCCAUCCAACCCCCAGACUCCCUGGUGCAGUAUGUCAAGGACAUCAGGAAACUUUCACUAGACCGGUCGUUCCAGCCCAGCAGACCAAAAUUACCCGUCCUCCCUCGGCCAGUGGCCCUGGGAAUGAAGACGAAAAAGGUCCAUGAGGUGACCCAUUUCGCGGGGUACAUCGACCGACUGGCCGAGGACGCGGCGCGCACGACGGGGAGUGAGUUCACACACUUUGUAGAUUUUGGGAGUGGUCAAAACUACCUUGGGAGAACCCUCGCGAGUCCGCCGUACAACAAGCACAUUGUGGCCGUGGAGAGCAAAGAAGCCAACAUGGCCGGGGCCAAGGACCUGGACAUCCUGUCAGGCCUGGCCGAGCGAGAGAAGCGGGUGCGGAACAAAAAGCUGUAUUACCGAGUCCGCGAUGCGGUCGAUCCGUCGCUGCAAAACGACGAAGAAGCCCUCAAGCGCGCAGCCAAGAACCUGGGCAUUUCCGAGGAAGAUAUCGCCACUAUCGAUCUCACUUCCAGAAAGGAGAUGGAAGCCACGUAUACCGUCGAAGAAGGCAAAGGUACCAUCGAGUAUGUCGUUGGCCGUCUAGAACACGCCGACCUGACCGAUGUCCUCUCCCAACUCCGCGGCCAAGAAGACGGAGUCCGACAGGACAACCUCCGGAUGAUGGCCAUCUCCAUCCACUCCUGCGGCAACCUCUCCCACUACGGCAUCCGCUCCAUGAUCCUGAACCCCUGCAUCCGAGGCGUCGCCAUCGUCGGAUGCUGCUACAACCUCCUCACCGAAAAGCUCGGCCCGCCCACCUACAAACCCCCCUUCAGCCGCCCCAGCCUCCAACCCAUCAACGCGCGCGUAGCCCGCGAAUCCGAGAAGCGCGACCCGCAGGGCUUCCCCCUCAGCCAGCGCGUAUCCACCCACGGCGGCGACGGCAUCCGGCUCAACAUCACCGCACGCAUGAUGGCCUGCCAGGCACCGUCCAACUGGACGGAAUCAGAGAGCGACGGCUUCUUCACGCGGCAUUUCUACCGCGCCGUGCUGCAAAAGAUUUUCCUCGACCGCGGCGUCAUCUCGCGCGUCUACCACGGCGCGGAGACGGAUGAGGAAAGCCCGUUUAAUUCCAGCACGAACCCUGUCAUCAUCGGCUCGCUGCGCAAGCAGUGCUACACUUCCUUCCGCGCGUAUGUGCGCGGGGCGAUUGCUAAGUUGACGACGAACGAUGAGUUUGCUCAGUACAGCGAGACGAUGCGGGAGAAGAUGGGGGAUAUUACCGACGAGGAGAUUGCGCGGUAUGAGGAGAUGUUUCGGCCGCGGAAGCGGGAGCUGAGCGCGGUUUGGAGUUUGAUGGCGUUUAGUGCCUGUGUGGUGGAGUCGCUGAUUGUGACGGAUCGAUGGUUGUUUUUGCGGGAGCACCCGGAUCUUGUUAGGGACUGUUGGGUGGAAACGGUGUUUGACUAUCGUCAGAGUCCGCGGAAUUUGGUGGUUGUUGGUAUCAAAAAAUGA